UGGCUUCCCCGUUCCCGUAGUUUAGGAUUUUUAUGCAAUUUUAUUCUGACGCUUUUCUUCCACCAAUCUCUCUGGCUAGCUGCUUCACGAUAGUCGACCAGUUCUCUCCCUUUGUUCCUCUCUGUUCCUCCACCCUCGGCGUUGUUUUCUGACUCAGCUGCUGCAAUGGCUGUCCUUGACUCUGCCCCGGUCUCGGCCAUCGGGUUCGAGGGCUACGAGAAGCGCCUUGAGAUCACCUUCUCCGAGGCAUCCAUCUUUGCCGACCCUCAUGGUCGUGGCCUGCGUGCCCUUUCCAGGGCCCAGAUUGACUCUGUUCUUGAUCUUGCACGGUGCACCAUUGUGUCUGAGCUCUCCAACAAGGACUUUGACUCCUAUGUGCUCUCUGAGUCUAGCCUCUUCAUCUACUCUCACAAGAUUGUGAUCAAGACCUGUGGGACCACCAUGCUCCUGCUCACCAUUCCAAGGAUCCUUGAGCUUGCUGAAGAGCUGUGCAUGCCGCUUGCUGCUGUCAAGUACUCUCGUGGGAUGUUCAUCUUCCCUGGCGCACAGCCUGCUCCCCACAGGAGCUUCUCUGAGGAGGUUGAUGUCCUGAACCGCUACUUCGGCGGCCUCAAGUCUGGUGGCAAUGCCUACGUGAUUGGUGACCCAGCCAAGCCUGGGCAGAAGUGGCACAUCUACUAUGCCACCGAGCAACCUGAGCAGCCCAUGGUCACUCUGGAGAUGUGCAUGACCGGUCUGGACAAGAAGAAGGCCUCUGUAUUCUUCAAGACUUCUGCUGAUGGCCAUGUCUCCUGCGCCAAGGAGAUGACCAAGGUCUCAGGCAUCUCCGACAUCAUCCCUGAGAUGGAGGUCUGCGACUUCGACUUUGAGCCCUGCGGCUACUCCAUGAACGCCAUCCACGGGACUGCCUUCUCCACCAUCCAUGUGACCCCUGAGGAUGGCUUCAGCUACGCCAGCUACGAAGUCAUGGGCAUGAACGCCUCUGCUCUGGCCUACGGCGACGUUGUCAAGAGGGUCCUCAGGUGCUUUGGCCCCUCGGAGUUCUCUGUUGCUGUCACCAUCUUUGGUGGCUGUGGCCACGCCGCGACGUGGGGGAAGCAGCUCGAGGCUGAGGCAUACGACUGCAACAACACUGUUGAGCAGGCCCUCCCAUGCGGUGGCGUCCUCAUCUACCAGAGCUUUACCGUGAACGAGGAAGUUGCUGUCUCUGCCGGGUCUCCCAGGUCUGUCUUCCACUGCUUCGAGGGCGAGAAUGCUGAGAACCACCCUCUUGUCAAGGAAGGCAAGCUCGCCAACCUGCUCUCAUGGCGAGCGGACGAGGAUGAUGUGGAGGAGGAUGGGUUGCUGUGCUGAGUGAGACGACGUGAAUGAAUGAUCGAUCUGCUGUCGCUGUUCCUUUCGUGGAAUUUGUUCUGACUUCGUUGUCUCUAUCGUUUCGUUUCGGUUAAUUUAUGUGAAGCAGCCGGCCAGGCUAUUGUAAUAAACUAUUGUUGGCUCUAGGUGGUCAGCUGCGUCUACCACAAUGAGCAUACGCGUUUGGGGAAAAGUUGUCACAACUUAUAAAUAAGAAUUCAUUGA